CGCAUGCUUCCUGACCGGCUCCCCGGGGCUCUUUCCAGCUCCCUGUCCCCGGGCUCCGCAGCCCGCUCCGGCCGGGAUGGGGGCGGCCCAGCCCCAUGGGGUGAAGGGUGGAUGGCGGCGGCCGCGCUCCAGGAUGGAACAAGUGGUGUUUGGUAUUUCCUGCAUUGGACUGGGCAGACUGGGUUCAGAAAGCACAGAGGAUUAGCACUGAGGCAUAGACCAUAGACAUUUCCUACUGGAGUAAGGCACCUGCGAUGGAAAAAAAAAUGUUCUAGUCCCAGGGGCAGUUUGAUUCUGAUUACUGGUGUGGUUUUUAAAGAACAACUGACGAUACAAAGGACAAUGCACAGUGUGUGUCCUGAUGACUUUUUGUGUGCUGCAGCAUGGUUCUUGUCAUGGCAUCUGAGACUGAAAAGGCCCACGCUCUUCUCCAGACUUUCAGCACAGCGUCAGUUAUUUCCAGUCUAGGUUUGGGGAUAUUCUGCUUUGUAGCAGACAGACUCCUGCAGUUUUCCUUCAUUCAGCAAAAUGACUGGCUCCGAGCCUUAUCUGAUAAUGCAGUGCAUGGUAUACUGGGGAUGUGGUCCUGGGCAAUAGUGAUUGGACUCAGGAAGAAAAGUGACUUCACUGAGGUCACCCUGGCUGGCUUCCUUGCCUCUGUCAUUGAUGUGGACCACUUCUUUCUUGCUGGAUCUCUGUCAUUAAAGGCUGCUCUGACUCUUCCACGGAGACCACUUCUUCAUUGUUCUACUGUGAUUCCUGUGGUGGCUCUGACAUUAAAGUUUAUCAUGCAGCUUUUCAGGCUUAAGGACUCAUGGUGCUUUCUUCCGUGGAUGUUGUUCAUAUCCUGGACUUCUCAUCAUGUCCGUGAUGGGAUUCGUCAUGGCCUCUGGAUCUGCCCGUUUGGAAAAACUCCUCCCUUGCCGUAUUGGCUGUAUGUGGCAAUUACAGCAUCUUUACCUCAUCUAUGUUCAUUUAUUAUGUAUUUAACAGGCACUAGAGAAUUAAUGUCCAUAAAACAUGGAAUCCGCAUUGAUGUAUAGGAAUAAUGGCUUUUAAAGGUUGUUUGUGCUAGCACUUGAAAUAACUUGCCUGUCUGUCACUGAAAGGUUUCCUUGUGUUUCCUACACCUUGUGAAUUAGGCAUUUUAAGGUUGUGGAGCCAAUUACAGCUCUUGUGGCAAUUCCUUGUGGUCAUAGAACCUAUUUCAUCAAUGAUAAUAAUUUUAUAUCUGUACAUUUCCCUUGUACAGUGUGUGGUCUUCCAUGAUAGUUCAUGCAUAGCGAGUUGAUUAUAAAGUACUUAGUUCGUCUCUGUAGUAAUUAUAAUAAAUUUUACUGUUAUGGUGCCAUUCACUUGAUCACCAUUCACUUUGGAUUUGUAUUCUGCAUCUGGAGAAUACAUUUAGUCCUGACAGUAUUUGUAUAGCACUUCAAAAAUGUGAAGUUCUGUAUAAAUGCUAGGUAUUAUUGAGGAUUUAAUAUUGCAUGGCAAUUAAAAAAAAAUUCCUCCGUUAGUCUUUCCAAUUUAUUAUUAAGUUAGGAGUCCUGCUGGAUUUUUGCAUUCAACGAUUUUAAAAGAAAUGCCACCUGUAUUUCACACUGUCUAUCCACACCUCUCUGAACCUGUAAUCACAGAGUGUUUUGCUAAAUUCUAUAUCCCCCUGUAGUUGCUUGGUACUAAAUUUGCAGAUAAUUACUAGGCUCAAAAUUAGAAAAGAGUAGACAGUUUGGUUAUAGUAUUAUGGUGUGCUGGCCAAAUUGUUUAAUUUUUUAAAAUACACUAAUUACGAAUACUGUUUAAUUUGGAACCAAGGAAUUUUAGUAAAUAUUUAAGAAUCAUGUGAAGAUUCAGGGAGACACAAGAAAAUAAAAAUUGCUUAUAACACAGGUUUGCUUAAAGUCAUUGCUACUCAGUAAAGCAUUUUCCAUUAAGUGCAAUAUCAUCCUCGUAAGUGUAAAAUAAAAUGCAUUAUUAUUAUUAUUAUUAUUACUAUUAUUAUUAUUAUACAGAAAUAUAAAUUUCCUCAUAAAGAAGAUCCAUAAGGAAAAGUGUUAUUAUGCUGCAGUUUAUGAGAUAGUAAUUUGCACUAUGGACUAUUCAGUUUUCAUUUAUAGACAUCUCUCAGAAAGAGUCCCAAAUUAAAAGUUGUCUAGUCUUGUCUAACUAGACAAGACUGUCUAGACUUGUGUAGCUUAUGAUGUACAAGCUGAGAAUGUCUUUUAAUAAUUUUUAAAUUCUUUAUUCACUGCCCAUUAAAGAGAUGGGGCCUUAACUACUCCAGCUUGUGAUGAAUAGCUGUCAAAGGGGAUAAUUUUUAUGGAACUGCAUGUAUAAGGUAGCAUGUGUUUAACUUAGGUUACCAAGGGGGGGUAAGGGUUUACCUGAUGUGUACAUUUACAUUAUUAAAUGUAUAUUAGAAUAAAGUUUUAAAAAAAUUAUUAAAUGGAAUGUCUGUGAUAAUGAAUACCAGAAACUUUCUGUGGCUGCAGAAUCCUUACGGCUCUUUGCAGCACUCUACGCUAAUCGUGGAAAGUGUUGCACCUCUUUAAAGUGUGUCUUUGCACCAAAAGAAUAGUCCCUGUUCUGCCUGUUCUUUAUAUUAGAAAUGUAUGCCAA